AUGGUGUUGGCGUCGGCACCCCAGCCGAGCCUGGGUAUCGACAUCAGCUUGUUGGAGCGGGAGGCUGAAGACAUUUCCUCUGCUGCCAGCGCCGCGGGUAGUGAUAUUGGCUCCCACAUUCGUCGCAUCAUGUCGGCCGAGCGUGAGCAGCGAAGCCGGAGCCGAUCGGCAUCACAAAGCAGCAGUCUGUACCAACAGCAGCAGCAGCAGCAGCAGCAACACCCAUAUCCACCGCCGCAAUACCCUCCCAUUUCCACCGAAAACAACUAUCCCUCGCCUUCCAGUCGUCCGCGCCGUAUCUCCAGCAUUCGAUCCCGCGCCACGUCAAACUCCUACGCCAAUUCCGUCAACGAUGCACGGUGGGGAAUCACGAGUCCCGUASAAAGCGUGCGUUCGGCGGGCUCGUGGUCGCAAUCCCAGCAGCGCGCGCGAAUGGGCAUGGGAAUGGAACCUCCCAUACAUUCCACCGGCUUUGAGCCUCYACAGGAAGGUCGUCCGCUCGACUCUCCGCUGGCCCCUUCGGCUAGCAUUCGAAGCGCCGCCUCUCAGUAUUCGCAAUACUCGCAGGAACGAGCCGUGUCGAGGAGAGUGUCACAGUCUUCUCUGGCCUUCUCCUAUCUACAAGACAACAACAUGUCACGUCAGCCCUCACAGUCCUCAUUCGCACAGCGGUACGAUCAAAUGGCCAGCCAGAUUGAAGAGCAGCUGCAGACCAUUCCCCACACUCCGGAGCCCGAAGAGCAGUAUCAGCAGGCAUAUCAGCAGCAACAGUCCGAGCAUUACCUUCAGCAAUCGCCCGAGUAUCAACCACACUCUCGAGACAUUGCCGACGUUCCAGACCGCCCUCACUCCACCGAUACCUUCCAAGAGGCCGAGCUGGCCUUCAAGGACUUUGAUGGCGUACAUUUCAACCCAGACACGGAAGAAUUUAUCGCGGUGGAUCAGAAUGGGAAUGAGGUGCGGCGAGUAUCUGCCCGGACUUCUGCUGGCAGUCUGCUGGACGCUACUUCAGUGCUGCGCUCAUCCUCGGGGAGCAAUGUCAACGCCGUUGCCACACCACAACCACAAGACCAGCGUGCACGACCUACAUCUUAUGGAGCUGGUAGUCGCAUGUCUGCCUACAACCUAGGUCCCUCACCGCAAGAAGCGGGAAUGGUCUAUUAUCCCGCUCCCGUGCCGCGAAUGUUGAACCUGCCCAAGAGGCUGUCCCAACUUCCAGCCGCAAGCGUGCAAGCCAAGAGGCGCUCCCAGUACUUGAAUGACAUGAUGGACAUGCCCAAGGAAGAACCGGCGCCAACCAUUCCCAAAUUGAGCUUCGAUGAGACGGAAGACCCCACACGUAAUCGCUCCAUUUCAGAACCACUGGUACAACAGCCUCCGCCCAAUCCACGAGGAAUGCUUAAUCAGCGAAUGAGUGUUGCAAAUAUGAGGAACCUCCCACCUCAACUUCGAGCGUCCGUCUACUUUGAACAGCCCUCCAUGCCACACGACGUGCAAAUGAAGCAUCAGUCUGCAGUGGCAACACUGGAUGAUAUCCUUGCAGCGUCGGUGACUGCUCCAGUGUCUGCUUUUACAGAUCACCCAUUUGCAGGAGAUGUUCGAAAGAGUGUGUAUGCCAUGGAGAAGCCUGCUCACGCGCGGAAGAAUACAUCGACAACUCUGCUUUCCAAUGAAUCUCAAGGCAGGUUGAAGAAGAAACGUAGCAGUAGCAUUGGCAAUUUCUUCCGACGAAGCAGCGCGGACCUACUUGAAAACGAAGCAGCCCGACCUUCAAGUCGUGGAAGUCAGAUGCUAGAUGGUAUGAGUGAGAGCGGAGGGAGGAAACUGCAGAAGAGAAAGAGUCAGCUCAGUCUGGCAGAUGCUCUUGAGAGGGAGAAGACKCUACAGGAGUUGGAGGGGAUGUCCCCAGAAGAGACACAAUCCGGUGUCAUUGGCCAAUCAUUCAACAUGACCAUCGAGCAGCAGGAGAAUGCCCUCCACCAAACGAAUUCCCAACAACCACCAAGAACUUACACGGAUGGAGAACAAAUCGCGGAAGAUUUCAACAAUCAGGAAGCACUCUCCGAUGUUUCAGACACGGAGCACAUCUUUGCUCAACCAGCCACUUUACUGGCGGAACUCCAAGUCCGGAAAGCCCAGAUGAAGAAUCGUACGAGAACAGCRGCGGUCGCAUAUCCAAAUGGAAUGCACAGUACUUUAUUACAGUUGGACGCCGUGGAAGCCAUUAAUAAGAAGAAGCGGCAGAAGCAGAAGAUCGCUCUGGCGUGGGAAGAUCCGCAUCAGAGAGCGCUGGAAGGCGAGGUCAACGAGGAUGAGGAUGUUCCUUUGGGUGUGCUGUAUCCCACGCAAAAGGAUAAGGGUAGAUUCGGAGGGGAUGAGAGGGAUUGGAAGCGGCCACUGGGUUUGAUGGAGUUGAGAGAGAUGGAGGAUUCGGAGCCGUUGAGCAAGAGGGCCGAACGAUUAAACCCUGGCAAGGUCGUAGCGAGACGACCUCCACCACAGAAAAGGCCGUCGGAGAUGAGGAUUGAGGUGACGGGCGAAGACGAGGACUCGAUGCAAGAAGGGGAAACCUUAGGCCAGAGAGCCAGGAGGAUGAAGACGAAGGAGGAGCUCGACGGGGCAUUGGAGGAUGUGAUUUCCACAAACAAGCCUGGAUCUCGACCAAUCAGUACCUUCUCCGCGGAUGUGUUGAGUCAGUUUGGAGGAUUGGAUGUGAAGGAUGCACCGCCGCCCGCUGCCAAAGAAGAGGCAGACGAGCCGGCUGAGGAGGAGACUCUGGGACAGAGACGUGCGCGUUUACAGCUUGCCCAGGCUGCCACUUCUGGAGCUCCUUCUCCUGCGCGUCCCGCGUUGAGAUCCACCAAUAGUAUGGCGAACCUGUUGUCUAGUAAUCCUGUAAAGGCUCCUGUCUCUCCUCGGGCGUGGGAGGGACAGGCUGCGCAGGGAGGUCUGUUGCAAGCCAGUGCACAGGAGAAGGCGCGACAGAAGGAGGACUUGAGGAAGACGAAUAUGAGGACCAGUUCGAUGGGCAACAUGUUGGAGCAGGGUGGCAUGGCAAGGAAGAGCUUUGCCGCGCCGGGGGUGAUGGGAGCUGGAAGGUCUCCUGUUGUGGGUGCAGGCCUAUUCGCCAGUCCUACCGCCGGUGCCGCCAGCGGAAUGAUGGGGUAUGGUCAGCACCAACCAUCGAUGAUGUCCAUGGGUGCCGUGCCUGGCAUGAUGACUCCGCAAGCACAACAGCAGAUGCAGAUGAUGCAAAUGCAACAACAGCAGCAGCAGCAGCAGCAAGCAAGUGCUCAGGCUUAUUAUGCUGCCAUGGCGCAGCAACAGCAGCAGCAACAACAGCAGCAACAGCAGCAGCAGAUGAUGGGAAUGGGCAUGCCGGGUAUGCAAAUGCCUGGGAUGAUGGGGUACCCGGGGAUGCUUCCACAGCAACAACAGCAUCAGCAAGCAUAUGGCAUGCCGAUGGGGAUGCCGAUGGGGAUGCCAAUGGGGUUGAAUGGAAUGGAGUUGCCUUUGGAUCCCAGACAGAGGGAUGCCAUUGAUCGGUGGAGGAUGGGGAUUGCUUGA